AUGACGGAAUUCACAUACAAGCAUGCCCUUCUUGAACAGGGCCACAUCCGCCUCCUCCGUCUAGAGUGGCCAUGCUCGGAAAAACUUCAGCCAGACCACCCCGCUCCAGACGGGUCAAUCGCAGCAACACUCACCCACCAUGAUCUUUCCGGUCCCCCGCCUCCCUGCACCGCCCUCUCCUACACUUGGGGUGACGAAAAAGAAAGGCUUCACCCCCCUCAAACACUCAACAUCGCCUCCCCUGACUCCACUCCCGAAACCUUCCCCAUCCACCAGUCAAACCUCUACGCCUUCCUUCGCCAGGCCCGUCCUGACCUAGUCCCGUCUCACAACGGAGCAACCUCCUGCCUGGCAGCCAACGUAGGCUACAUCUGGAUCGACGCAAUCUGCAUCAACCAAGCCGACGAAGAAACUGCCAAAAAAGAAAAGACCGCCCAGCUAAAGAUCAUGUCCCAGAUCUACGCCUCCGCCUCCCGAAUCAUCAUCUGGUUAGGUCCCGUCAGGGAACACAAGCUUACCCUUGACGCCCCCUUCCCGGAGAACCUCUGGCCUGCCUACCCGACAGGGCACGCAAUGGAUACCUACCAGCGCGUCGCCGUUGCAUGGGCGAACAGCCAGCUGCCUGAUAUCUCGCCUACUUCUCUGUUAAAGAUCGUGAACCAGGUGGACUGUGCCUGUCUCGAAGCUGUGACUCGGUUGAGCUACUGGAAGAGAUCCUGGAUUUACAAGGAAGCCCUCACACCGAAUGUACCCCGUGAGUUCUGGCUGGGUGGCCACGCGCUUUGGUUUGAAGCUUUGGAGGUGGCGAACGGGGUGUUUCAUUCGCAUAUGUUGGAGUUGGGGUUGAAUAAAAUCCCUAGUCCGAGUCCGCUAAAUGUUGAUAUUGCGUACCUGCAGGAACUUACCCUGCUCCGGCAACAUGGGAAGCGGGGGCUGUCGUUGUUGGAUUUGAUGGUCAAGACUAAUAGUCUUGGUGCUCGAUGGCCCGUGGACAAGGUUUAUGCUACGAUGAACAUAGCGAGGGAUAUUUAUGGGGAGAAAGAUGGCGAUAUCUUCAAUUCUGUGAGGGUAGAUUAUGAGCUGCCAACAGAGGAUGUCUACAUGGAUGUGGUGAGCUUGAUCAUCGAGACGACAAAGGAGCUGAAUGUGCUGUUGUUUUGUUCAGCGGGACAGUAUAAAGGGCUCAAGAGCUGGGUGCCGAACUUUUAUCGCUUUGUGUACUCUGUUCCUUAUCGCACAAGGGAGGUGUAUGACGCAGGGGGAGGGGAAUCAUCGGGCAAAAAGCCACGGUUUUCUCUCAACAAGGUGGCGCAAACUCUGUCGGUGUGGGGAGUGAAGAUUGAUAUGGUUGUUGGGAUUUAUCCUUCGAUGAGGCGGCCAUUGCAGUGGGGUGAUUACACUUCCAAGACUGAGUUUUGGCAGCCAAUCUUUGGGCCCUGGAUAAGGUCGUUGGCGCGGUUCGUGUUCCCUCAGCCUGAUGGAGACGUGGUUGAAGAGGCAUAUGUCGGUGGUGGAACUCUGUCGGAAGCUGUUGACUCGGCUUUGUCUUGGGGUAUGGCGCCUGGUUAUGGCACGUUGAAGCGUGAUGUGGAUGUGCCGCACUGGCCGCUGCUGGAACAGGCGCAAGCUUCGGCAAGUGAGAGGGAACCUGAAUAAAUCUCUGCGGAGCGGCAGGGCUUCCAAGACUUUCUUAUGCAAACCAGCGCAAUGGCUUUUUUCAGGACUUCAAGAGGCUAUUUGGGUGUUGGGGAUGAGAGGAUGGCUGCUGGUGAUGUGGUCGUUGUAGUACCUGGCUUGGCAAUACCUCUUAUUUUGCGAGCAAUCCCCUCGUAUGAGGCCGGUGGUUCAGCUGAUGGAGCUCGGUGGCGGCUAGUUGGACCAUGCUACGCCAAGGGGAUCAUGGAUGGCGAGUGGCUUGGAAAGCGGGAGAAGCAGGAAUUUAUUCUUAUCUAGCCUUAGCAUGGAAUAAACCUUUCACCACGCCACCGACGCCAGCUAAACCCAUCCUAGGUAUCUACACACGGUACCAGCAAAGUUCCAAGCUUCGAAGGUCCCAGGGAUUUAAGACCCGAGACCACGCUCCCCAUGAGCUCUUUGUUCUUCUGCUGCUUUUGACCAUCAAGGCUAUCCUGUUUCAACCUCAUCACAGCCAAUGCAUUCAACACGUGGAUCUUACCACCUUGGUAUCGCAAGCUACGAACAAAGGACAUGCCUCCAACGCCAGUGUCCUAUCCAGAGCUAACGCUCUGCAACCUGCCCAAAAAGACGUUCUACUCCUAUCUAUAUCUUGGUCCCAGCCUGAUCUCGAUUGGAGAAGUAUGGCGCAAAAAGCAAGCGGAAACAGACUAUUUUGGAUUGCUCAGCAAGAUGGUGUCAGACGUGUCACGGCCGUUCCGACAGGCGUCAUGGGGACCUGUAAUAUCCGAUACCAAGUUCGCCUUUUACGAGGACGGAUCUACCAGUCGAAUCAAUCGCAAAUCACCCAUGAUGAAGCAAGAAGAUUUUCUGAUCAUUCCGCCGAAGACAACCAAUAUUGGACUAGGAAGCUGUGACUGCGGCACGAACGUACAUCCCAUCAACCUGGAGACACUUCGUGGGCUUUAUCAAACAUAUCAUGGGCUCACCGCCAUCUACUAUCACCAUUCGUGGAAUGCGCAGUUUCCAUUUGUUGGAGCGGAGGUUGAAAAUCUCAAUGCUGUGAAUACCUCCAGGGAUACAAAUCGCCAUUCGCGGAUUUUGACAAGAGACUGAUAACGUAUUUGAUAAGCGAGCGGAUCGG